GUUUAAUAUACAGACAAAUACUGAUCACACGGAGCAUCGUCAGGUACAUAAAAACUACAAAUCCCAGUAUUUUCUGCGUGUAAGGUCGCCUGUUACGUCCUGAAAAAGAGGCAGUGGAAAAAGUCCAUGGAAAAAAAAAGAACCGCUUCCGUGUUGUUUUGGUUCUGGAAUUGUGAUGAAUAACAGCUGGGUGAGGUGAAAUAAGACUGACGAAUAGUCGACGAGAAGCCUAUAAUGGUCUUGUAAUAAAUAGUAUAGAAACACGUUAUCCGCAGAAAUGUCAUUGCAGCAGGGAUCGAAGAAGAAGGACAAGCGAGUUUUGUCAGGUACCUGCCCGGACCCCCAGUGCCAAGCGAGACUCUUCUUUCCAGCUCACGGCUCCGGCAGCAUCGAGUGCACCGAGUGUGGCCAGCGGCACGAGCAGAGAAACCUUCUGAAGGUGGAGGAAGUCACCGACCCGGACGUGGUGCUUCACAAUUUACUGAGGAAUGCGCUGCUGGGCGUCACGGGAGCCCCCAAGAAGGGGACGGAGCUAGUGAAAGUGAUGGGGCUCUCCAACUACCAUUGUAAGCUGCUGUCUCCCAUUCUUACACGGUAUGGCAUGGAUAAGCAGACAGGCAAAGCCAAACUGCUGAGGGAGAUGAACCAGGGAGAGAUGUUCGACUGUUCGCUGCUAGGCGACAGAGCUUUCCUUAUUGAGGAGGAACAUGUCUCUACUGUGGGCUAUGGCAAGGACCGUUCAGGCAGCCUUCUUUACUUACAUGACACUUUGGAGGAGGUGAAGAAAGCAAACUGUAAUAAAGAGUGCCUUAUUCCCGUUCACGUGGAUGGAGAUGGACAUUGUUUGGUCCACGCUGUGUCCCGGGCAUUGGUGGGCAGGGAGCUGUUCUGGCACGCUCUAAGGGAGAACCUGAAGCAGCAUUUCAAGGGAAACCUGGACCGGUACAAGGCUCUCUUUCAUGACUUUAUCGAUGCUGCUGAAUGGGAGGACAUCAUCAACGAGUGCGAUCCUUUGUUUACGCCACCGGAGGGCGUCCCCUUGGGGCUGCGUAACAUCCACAUAUUUGGCCUGGCUAACGUUCUGCACCGGCCCAUAAUCCUGCUGGACUCCCUGAGUGGCAUGCGGAGCUCUGGGGAUUACUCUGCCACCUUUCUCCCAGGCCUGGUCCCGGAGGAACAGUGCAAGGCCAAAGACGGCCAAUUCAACAAGCCCAUCUGCAUCGCCUGGAGCAGUUCGGGCCACAACCACUACAUCCCUCUGGUUGGCAUAAAGAAUGCGCCCCUGCCCCGACUGCCUGCCAGGCUGCUUCCCAAGGCCUGGGGUGUGCCUCAGGAGCUCAUCCGGAAGUACAUCACCCUGGAGCAGGACGGCAGCUGCAUCAUCGGCGGGGACCGUUGUUUGCAGGACAAGUACCUGAUGAGGUUGGUUGGUGCCAUGGAGGAGGUGUUCAUGGAGAAGCACAGCAUACACCCCUCACUGGUCGCCGAUGUGCACCAGUAUGUGUACAGGAGGACAGGAGUGAUCGGGGUGCAGCCGGAGGAGGUCACAGAGGCCGCCAAGCGAUCGGUCUUGGAGAACCGGCUGCAUCGCUGUCUGAUCUGCAACGCGCUCUCCGAGCUCCUCGUCCCUCCCGAGUGGCUUUCUCCCGGUGGGAAGCUGUACAACCUGGCAAAGACCACGCACGGACAGCUCCGACCCGACAAGAACUACAGCUUCCCACUCAACAACGUGGUGUGCUCCUAUGAUCCCGAGCGGGACGUCCUGGUCCCCGAUUACAAGCUGAGCACGCUCAGCACCUGCCACUGGUGCCACGGGACCGCUGUGCGUCACAUCCGAGGUGACGGCUCCGUUAAGUACCUGGAUGGGGACCGGACCAACACCCGCUCCCAAGGGGGCAAGUGUGGCUGCGGCUUCAAGCAUUACUGGGACGGUAAGGAGUAUGACAACCUUCCAGAAGCCUUCCCCAUCACUCUGGAGUGGGGAGGCCGUGUGGUGAGGGAGACGGUAUACUGGUUCCAGUUUGAAAGCGACUCGGCGCUGAACAGCAAUGUUUACGACGUGGCGAUGAAGCUGGUGACCAAGUAUUUCCCUGGGGAGUUUGGCAGUGAGGUGCUGGUGCAGAAGGUGGUGCACACCAUCUUGCAUCACACUGCCAAGAAGAACCCAGAUGAAUACAACCCAGUGACCAUCGACGGGGCACAUGCACAGCGGCUCACAGACGUGGCUGAGGGAGCAGCUGGGGUGGAGACUCAGCCACCUACCAAGAUCAUCCUGACAGGGCAGAAGGCGAAGACGCUACACAAGGAGGAGUUGACUAUGAGCCGAGCUGAGCGCAGCCUCCAGCAGAGCAUCGGGGAGCACGCCUCGGUGGCCCAGAAGAAGCGCACUGACCAGCUGAAGCAGGAACAGAGGGGGCAGGUCCGUCCUGCGUCCCCAGGCCCACCCCAGGAGGGGCCGGCUUCUGCCCCGGCCACGCCCACCAAAGCCACCUCCUCCCCCAAAUCGAGCAAGGAGAAGAAGAUCCGCGUGACCACCGACGACGGCCGGCAGGCCACGCUAACACUGAGGGCGGAGACCACCUUCUCAGAGCUUCAGAGGAGCAUCGCUGAGGAGUUUGCCGUGCCUCCAGCCCAGCAGUGCAUCCGCCACGGCUUCCCGCCAAAGGAGCUCCUCCCACCCAAGGAGGGCCAGGAGGAGGAGCCACUGCCCCUGCAGCAUGGGGACCGUGUGAGUGUGGAGACCCUGAAGGACCCCAGGGAGAAGAGCAGUCCAGCGCCCGCUGCCCCUGCGGCUGACGCUCAGGCUGUCGGCCGUGAGGAACCGGCAUCUUCCAGCAGGGUGACAUCACGAGAGCUGCAGGAGAACAUCGACCUUGAGAUGUCCUCCCUCUGUCUUCUGGCAACAUUGAUGGGAGAAGAUGUCUGGUCCUACGCCAAGAAGCUGCCUCACUUGUUUCAGCAGGGUGGCGUCUUCUACAACAUCAUGAAGAAGGACAUGGGCCUCGUCGACGGCAAGCACUGUACACUGCCUCAUCUCAGUGGCAAGACCUUCGUCUUCAAUGCAGCUGAGGAACGGCUGGAGCUGUGCGUUGACGCCGCCGGCCACUUCCCCGUGGGCCCUGACGUGGAGGAGCUGGUGAAGGAGGCGCUGGCACAGCUGCGCUCCGAGGCGGCGGCGAGGAGUCGCGAGGGGAGCCCCGCCCACAGUGCCUUGCGGCUGGGCAGUGGUGGUGUGGUGCGUAAGAAGGAACCGGUGCGGGGCGUCACUGCCUUCCAGGGCAAGGGUCACUCACUGGGAGGUUCCCUGCCAGAGCGCAAGCUGCUAGCCCGCAAGCACAGCGCUGGUGUGGAGCUGGGCACCGGCACACCCCCGCCCCUUCCCGAGGAUGCGGCCCGCGAGCUGGUCCGUACCGCGCCAGGCAUUGUCACCCUGCGCGAUGGCCGCCAUCUGGACCCCGGCACGGUGGAGGCACAGCGCCGGCGGCUGCAGGAGAUGGUCUCCUCCAUCCAGGCCUCCAUGGACCGACACAUGAGGGAGCAGGGCCGCGGGUCUGCCCCGCCCAGAGACCCCACCCCGAGUGUGCUCCGCCACGGCGACUCGGAGGAGGAGCGGACAGGGGGCGCCAAGACGGCUGCCCAGGGAGCUGCCCCCGGUGGCCUGGAGGCCUCCAGCAUGGAGGUGAGUGCGGCCGGUGCAGAGGGAGGCGCCAAGGAGGCGGUGGCAAAGGGCCCGGAGGAGCAGGAGGAGAUGGAGAGCCAGGAUGCUGAGCCAGGCAGCACAGCAGAGCCCAUGGAUCAUUCCUGACGGGGCAGCCCAGGAGGGGAGGCCCGCAUGCAGCGGGAACACCUGCCGUGCUCAGUCCAUGUGGGUAGCACGGCCAGCCUUGGGGCCGCAUCACAGCUUUGGGUUCAGCGCCCCCUGUCUUUACUGCAUGAUGUUGCAUUUGGUUCAUACUUCACACGAGUAUGCCUGCCUUAGUGCUGCGGCGGCAGUGCCGCUGACGGGCAGGCUGGCGAUCCCAGCGUGUGCUCUGCGCGUCCAUUCACAGCCCUCCACAGAUUCAAGCAGAGGUCCGAUUUAUCAGUGUGGACUAUGAGAACAGCGCCCCCUGGGGUCCAGCUUGCUCCGUGUGCCGCUAUCUGCUGCUGCAGUGAUACACGACGCCUGACCCUGAACAAACCCCAUUCCAGCUGAAAUUUUCUUAUUCCAUAAUCACUGUCACAGUACUACAGACGUUGCCCCGCUGCAGUUUUCAUCGCUAGCUUAAUCGCGGCUCAUUGCUGCCUCUUACUCUUUCGGCUAAUCGGCUUUGGUUUUUUACUCUCCUAAUUCAGCCUGUCUUACGUUUCCCUGUUAAAUUUGGAUGGACAGUGGAAUCAAAGCACACCUCUGUCGUCUUAUCCAUUAAAAUGAAGUUGCUGUGUGUGGUGCUGUGAUUCCUGUCUUAGCAGGGAAGGUCAAACACCAACAGUUUGUGUUUUCAGCACCUUUGGCGAAUUUCCCGCUUUAUAUACAAAUCAGCCAGUGGCACAGUCUGAGAAUUUUGAAUGGGACCUUUGGAUACCGUGUAGUGGCUGGAUUAGUCGAUAGAAAAUUUUUCAGUCUGGCUGUAAAUAUUUUUUACAGCCUAUCUCUUCUUUUAUUUCCUCAUCUCUCCAGCCACUCAUGCUAAGCCGUUUUUAACAAAGAAGUCGUAAAACAAGUCUUUUCUUAAGGUACUGAGACGCAGGGAGAUGAUCAGUCUGUGCUGGAUGGUGGAGGAGAUGCUGAUGUUUGUGUCCCUUCUGCUCUCAGAUCUGUGAAGACUGUUGGGUUGAAAACGUACAGAAUGUAGGAAUAUAUCUGCAGCCAAGUCCCCCCCCCCAACCAGUAGAUAGAUGCAAGUUGAGCCACUGUCUUCCGGGGGGGGUGGCGUGACACUGGGUCGAGCACACCAUUUCUCUGCACCCUCCACUCCCUGCCCUUAAAGCCCCCGCCUGCACAUUAUUGGCCCAUGCUAAGCAUGCAUGGGGGUUGGAGGACCUGCAGGGUGUUUCCCUCAUCUGCCGUGUUCUUUUAUUUUUUUCUUACAUUUGCUUUGCCGUUGGCUUUUCCCGUAGCCACUUUAUAAUUCAUCAUGCACUGAGAUGUUUUAGGAAUGAAGAGAAAGUCCAUGACGAAAUUCUCAUUACACCUACAUUUGAUAGGGAAUUGCAUAUACUGCGUUAAUGGCGGGGAAUGCAUUUGGUGUGAUCUAUUCAGUGCAUAGGCACAGUUUGAUGUUCUACACUCAGAAUUCAGUGCCACUCUCUGUAAAGAAAUAGAAAAAGCAUAGGAACCUUAAUUUGUGUCUUACGGCUCUCUAAACAAACUGGGAACCAGUUGUGAUAUUGGAUGUUUUAUCUUCAUUUCUGAACUUUCUUUUAAUUGACAGUGUUCUGGGUGGCAGAUGAGUGUAUCACCGUAUCCGGUGAUAAGACCGCAGGCUCCACAUCAUCACACUUUGGCCUCUUUCUCAGUCUUAACCGAUCUCUGAUUGUCAGGGAAACGUGGUUGUUUAUCUCAGCUGGCAAAUUGCGUUUGUUGUCACAUACAUUGAUACUAGUUAUUUUUCUUGCCAUGCAGAGAGUGACAGAUUAAUAAAUGGCGAGACUGACAUAGAACAGAACAAGCAGGGGAUUACUGUGGGUAAGGUCUCCAAAGAUAAACAAUGGAACACCUUUAAGGUGGGACGUUAGAAUGUUGUAUAAAUGGUCUGUGCUAGUAAUUAAAAUUGUUAUACUCUAAGAAUAUUGUAUAAUAUUGUCAGUCCAUACAGCAAUGUGUGACAUGGAAUGCUUAUGAACAUUGAACAACACUGGUUAAUUUCACAAACACAAGGUGUUUUUCUUUGACUGCUGUAUGAAUUCUAUGUAUUGUAAGCUGGUGUAUUAUAAUAGUAUAUAUUGUACUAUACAUUUAUCUGUACAGAAAGUUGUUUUCUUUUUAGUUAUUUUGUUUGCUAAUGAAAUAAAGUUAACGAGGCUCCGUUUUUGCUGUCUGCAUGCAUCACUUUUCAACCUCUGCAAUAAAGUAAUUCCUUAACACUA